CUACUCUCCCUUCUCCUCUCGGCAGCCGAGCUGUUCAGACGUGAAAAGUGUUUGUUGCUCGUGCGGUGUACGUAAACGUUUUAAUCGGAACACACUUAUUUUUUUUUUCCCUUUUUAAGACGUGUCCCUCAAGUGUUAAUUUAUCUUUCUAUCUAUUUUCUUUUGGUAAGACACGUAAAUCAAUCGCGUAUUACUAUGGCUGAUCAGGAGAACAACGACUUCAGCGAAGAUAUCGCUGAUCAGAACUUUGAGCAGAACGGCGAGGCGGAGAAUGGUGGCGACGGGGACGCCGCUGAAAACAACCAGGAGUCCCAAGAGGACAGGUCGGCCGGAGGUAACCAGGAUUCUCUGAACGAUAGGAAAUUAUUUGUCGGAGGUCUAAGUUGGGAAACAACGGACAAGGAACUAAGAGAUCAUUUUAGUGCUUAUGGUGAUAUUGAAAGCAUCAAUGUCAAAACAGAUUCAAAUACAGGACGAUCACGCGGUUUUGCGUUUAUUGUCUUUGCAAAAGCUGAAUCGUUGGAGAAGAUUAUUUCUGGUGAUCACGUUAUUAAUAAUAAGAAAGUAGAUCCUAAGAAAGCAAAAGCCAGGCACGGGAAGAUAUUUGUUGGUGGUCUUUCGACGGAACUUGCAGAUGAAGAUAUUAAAAAUUUCUUCUCACGAUUUGGAACCAUUGUAGAUGUAGAAAUGCCAUUUGAUAAGACAAAGAACCAGAGGAAAGGUUUCUGCUUCAUUACUUUUGAAUCAGAACAAGUAGUGAAUGAACUUUUGAAGACACCUAAACAGACGAUAAAUGGCAAGGAGGUCGACGUAAAAAAAGCUACCCCGAAACCAGACGGAAUGGGUGGAAUGCGUGGAGGUGCUGGAGGUCGAGGCGGUAGAGGUGGUCGAGGAGGAAGAGGUCGUGGAUUUGGCGGCCAAGGAGGUUGGGGUCAAGGCGGUUAUGGUGGCGGUUAUGGUGGUGGAUACGGCCAAGGAGGCUACGGAGGAGGCUACGAUGGUUAUGGAGGAGGCUAUGACUAUUACGGCGGUGGGUACGGCGGCUAUGGUGGCUACGACUACAGUGGAUACGACGGCUAUGGCUAUGGCGGUGGUAGUUACGAUGGUGGCUACAGUGGUGGGCGCGGUGGUGCACGCGGUAAAGGUUUCCCGCCCUACAAAUUUCAUCAUAAAUCGUCAAAUCAUCAUCAUUCCAUUAAUAAACAACCACGUCAUCUACGACAAGAACAACAACGCAGACAACUGCCGCUUAACAAAUUCAGUCAUCAAGAUUCACAAUUAAAAACAGUAAAAUAGUUGAUCAUGUUGCGUUUAACGUAUAAUAGCAUUGUGGAAGUUAGAGAGAAAAAAAACAUUCGCGCGAACGUAUGAAUAGAAAGAAAGAAAGAAAGAAAGAAAGAAAGAAAGAAUGAAAAGAAAACAAAAGAAAAAUAAUGUAUAUGCAUAUACACAUGUAUAUAUUUCUUUAAAUGCGUAUAUGUAUGUACAUAAUUUGCUUCCAUCUCUCGUUUACCCCUUUGUACAAUAUAGUCCAAACUCUUUUAUUAUAUAUUAUAGUUUAAAGACUAUUCUCUCAUUAACUCUCAUUGAUUUAUCUCCAUUUUUUAUUUAUCUUAAAGUUUCUACAAUUAAUUAAUAGCAUUAAUGUCUCAUAUAAAUAUAUUAUAUAUAUAUAUAUUCAGUGUUGUAAGGCGUGUGUGUGUGUGAGAUCGUAUAUAUCAUAUUUACGUUUAAAAAAAAAAAAAGAAAAAAAAAUUAAGAAGGAGAAUAAAAUAUUUGCAUUUUUUUGGAUAUGGCCAAUGAAGUUGUAAAGAUAUGGGUAGUAUAAUUAUAAACGAACGUAGUUUUCAAUGAUUACAUUAAACGCGACCAUCAAAGGACAA